AUGAAUGACGAGGAAGUCGCUAUCAAGAUUUUAACCAUUCCUCAAGAUCAGAAAAACAAGGGAGUUCCACCCAGCAUUUUAAAUCACGUCUCUAUCUUUAAAGAUUUAAACCAUCCCAAUAUAGUCAGGUUGCUCAAAGUUCUGGCUACGGAUGAAGAUGUGUAUCUUGUUUUUGAGAAUGUUCACCUAAAUUUUAAAAGAUUCAUCACCAAUCCCAUGCUUAGCCUUGAAACAUUUGAAAGAUCUGUUCUACGUCAAGCUCUUUCUGGACUCGCAUAUUCUCACAACAUUGUACACACAGAUAUCAAACCUUAUAAUCUUCUUUUUGAAUACCACCACGGUGAAGCUCCUACAGUGAAGCUAUGCAAUAUUCGUGAACCCAAAACUUGUAUUAAUAAAGGCAUUCCUUGUUAUAAAGCAUCGGAAGUUUUGAUGGGCUCAACCAAUUACUCAACUACAGUUGAGAUCUGGUCUAUGGGCUGCAUAUUUGCUCACAUCAUUAAGCGCCAACCUCUGUUCGUCGGUAGAGACGAACCAAAGAUAUUGGCUGAGAUAUUUUGUUUGUUUGGUACGCCAACAGAACAAACUUGGCCCGACUUGUCUUCUAUAUGCGAUUUUAUUGAAGCAUUUAACCCUCUAAUACAGCCUAAGGACCUAGCUGAAGAGUUCCCUAGCCUUCAUCCUGCUGGUCUUGAUCUUCUUUCGGUGCAAGCACGUAUUCACAACGUACUUGAUCACAUCAUCCCGUCAUCAGAUGCACAUGCCAUACAAGCAUCAGCAGACCUUAAGGCUAAAAAUUCUGAACUUUGGAAUCGGCUUGAUGAGGUGGUACUACAAUGGAUGUACGCAACCGUCUCGCAGGAUAUUCUCCAAUCAAUCUUCGUUGUCGAUGACACUACCGAAGAAUGCUGGAAGCGCAUCACCGUUAUGUUUCAUGAUAACAAGCAUUCACGUGCUGUACAAUUAGAAAAUCAAUUCAGCAACACAAACCUGGAAGAUUUUCCAUCAACAAAAGCAUACUACAACCGCCUCAAAACUCUAUCUGAUCAACUCGCCAACAUCGACUCUCCAGUGACUAACACACGACUGGUGCUUAAAAUGAUAUCUGGUCUCACUGAUGCAUACGCUGGGUUUGUCACCUAUAUACAACAACACGACCCUCUCCCCACCUUCGCCACAACACGUUCACAGCUAGAACUUGAGGAAUCAACCAUGUUACAGCGUGUCGCUCGCGAAUCACACGUCUCCUCUGUUUCGGCCGCUCUCAUGGCCAAAGCUCCGACCACAGGACCUGCACCCAAACCGUCAUCCAAUGCUUCAAACUCCCAACUAUCUCCAUCGAGAUAUCAUGGUCAUAGAGGAAAGAAACCGAAUCGUGGCGGUCGAAAUUCCGAAAGAGGAAAUCGCGGGCAGCAACAACAACAACAGUGGCAACCAUGCAAUUACCCACCUUGCCCUUACCCAACCUCAAAUUGGAAUAUACCAAAUAAUGGUCCUAAGCCCCAACAAAGUGGAAUUCUUGGGCCCAAACCUCAGCAAGUUGCUUUCAAUGUUAAUACUACCAGCCCUACUGACAUUGAAAGUGCUUUCAGCACCCUCAAUCUUGCUCAGCCAGAGCCCUCUUGGUACAUGGACACCGGAGCCACCUCUCACAUGACAUCCUUGCAAGGACUUUCAGACGGGGAUGCCUAUCAUGAGAUGUGA